AUGGAUAGAAUCAAGGAGAAAAUGUCCGCCCUCCGCCUGGAGGCUGACGAGGCCCACGAAAAAAACGAGGAACUCAAGGCCAGAGUGAAGACUUUGGAGCAGGAGAACCUGGAAAAGGAACAAGAAAUCACAUCUCUCACCCACCGCAACCAGCUCCUCGAGGGUGAGGUGGAGAAGCUGGAGUCAUCGGCGAAGGAGGCUAAGGACGCCGCCAGCCAAAGUGCCCAGCACGAUACGCAGAACGAAGCCCUCCAGAGGCGUGUGCAACUCCUAGAGGAGGAGGCUGAGGAGGCUGACCGGAAUCUGCGCGAGACAAACGAGAAGCUCCGCCAAACAGACGUCAAGGCUGGUCACUACGAACGCAAGGUGCAGGCUUCCGAAUCAUCUCGCGACGAGUGGGAGAGCAAAUACGAGGACAUGGCAAAGAAGCACGAGGAAUUGAAGAAGGAGCUCCACGAACUCGAGGUCUCCCUGAACAGUGUUUAA